CCCCUCCAAAACGUAAACAAACCUUUCGUGUGGUUUUUCUCCGCCUGGAUUGUGACUUGAAUUGAAUUAACAACAAGAACACUAGAGAAACUGUUAUCGUCCCAAAUUGAGGUCAGACUUCUAAAUUACACUUGAAGGAAUAUCGAACCGUGCUAGAGCUCCAGGAAUCGUUUCUCUGAUAUUCGGACCCACCCCCAGUCUUAUUUUGCGGUGACACGCUAGAGACGAUCGAGAACCAUGGCUUUUUGCAUGCGAGGCGUCAACCCUGAGCACUACAGGGACCAUUUCAAGUCAGGCGUUUACGUCUGUGCUGAAUGCGGAAAUGAGUUGUUUUCGAGUUUGUCCAAGUACGAGCACCACACUCCCUGGCCCGCUUUCACCGACACUGUCAGGGAAGACUCUGUGUCCAAAACACCAGAGCCGGGGAGGCCCAAAGCAAUUAAGGUUUGCUGCGGCAAGUGCGGUGCCGGUCUUGGUCACGAGUUUUUGGAGGAUCGAGACGACGGGGGGUCGAGAUUCUGAAUAUACAGUGCCUCCUUGAAAUUUGUGUCGAACAAAGAAGGUUCGGCAAAGGAUGGAAAGGAGGAGAAAAAAUAAUUAGGCUGGCCGUUGGGAUUUAAGUCAAAAUAAACAAUAGCUUUACUCGAAUAAGGGGUGAGAUUUUUGUCUUGGGGCGCAGAUUGCCUCACGUAUGAAGCUGUCUUUCGAAGCUUCACCAAGCAUUGAGAUGGCUGAGGUUUGAGGGAAACUCGUCAAAGGCCAAAAACACCCAAAAUAAGAUAAUUAAUAUAAGCUAAAAGAAAUGUUCACCAAUCUAAAGCAAACAAUUUUUUCUUGUAAUAUUAUGCUCAAAUAUCAAUUGAUUUUAAUUUUUUUCCUUUAUCUAUCAUGAUUAUUGAUUGAUCUUAAAACCUUAUCAAUUUAUAAAACACAAUUUAGGUGAAGGGUGCUGUAUUUUUUCCAAAGAUAAAAAUUGUAUUUUUACUGCGUAUGUUACAAGCACGCUCAUGGUAUUAUACGAAUCACUCAUUUAUUUUUAAGCCAGAUUGAAAUAAAUGAUUUUAAUUGAUAUAAAAA